AUGUGCCCAGAGCUGAAGGGAUGCCAUGAGCUGAACAGCCUGCAAAAGACCCUGUGAUUGACUUUAAAAAGAAAGACCCCCAAACCUGAGAGACAGCAAGAACCAGGCACUUUACAGGAGCCUUUUUAUUUGCUUGCUUUAAAAAUCAAGAUUUUAAGUAAUCAGUAAUUCUCAUUUUUCAGAGAGAUUAUAAUUGUUCUAAUACUCAGCAUUGGAUCAAUUUGCUAAUUUGCUGUCUGCACUUUGUAUUUUAGCACAUUAGAGGAUUAUGUGAGCUGCAAGUGAGCAGGCUGCUUUUAUACUGAUUAUUUUCAUCUGUGGGUUUAUUUAGAUAACAAAAGGACAAUAUUUGAGUUACUUUAAGAGUUGUUUGAGCGUUGAAGCUGCUUUUCUAAUGGCCAUGGCUGUCCCUGAACCUGUUGCCACCCGGAGGUUGGCACUGGACUGUCGUACCCUGCUGGAUCACCGCCCGAGUCGUGGGGUGUGUGGUUGUUGUGGAGCGCUGAGGCCACGCUACAAGAGACUGGUGGACAACAUCUUCCCUGAAGACCCAGAGGAUGGGUUGGUGAAGGCCAACAUGGAGAAGCUGACUUUUUAUGCUCUGUCAGCUCCAGAGAAGUUGGAUCGUAUCGGGGCGUACCUGUCUGAGAGAUUGUCUCGUGAUGUAGCUAGACACCGUUAUGGGUAUGUGUGUAUUGCGAUGGAAGCCCUCGACCAGCUGCUAAUGGCCUGUCACUGUCAGAGUAUCAACCUGUUCGUGGAGAGUUUCCUGAAGAUGGUGCGGAAACUCCUGGAGGCUGACAAGCCCAACCUGCAAAUCCUGGGAACAAACUCGUUUGUGAAGUUUGCCAACAUUGAGGAGGACACCCCCUCAUAUCAUCGCAGUUAUGAUUUCUUCGUGUCACGGUUUAGUGAGAUGUGCCAUUCCAGCUUUGAGGACCCCGACAUCCGCACCAAAAUCCGAAUGGCUGGCAUCAAAGGUCUACAGGGAGUAGUGAGGAAGACCGUAAACGAUGAGUUGCAGGCGAACAUCUGGGACCCUCAGCACAUGGACAAGAUUGUCCCCUCACUGCUCUUCAAUCUGCAGUCUGGUGAAGGCACGGAGAGUCGUUCUCCCUCCCCACUGCAAGCAAGUAAGAAGGAGAAAGAAAGCCCAGCCGAGCUGACGGAGCGCUGCUUUCGGGAACUGCUGGGCCGUGCCGCCUAUGGCAACAUCAAGAACGCAGUCACCCCUGUGCUUAUGCAUCUUGAUAAUCACUCGCUGUGGGAAGGCAAAACAUUUGCAGUGCGCUGCUUUAAGAUCAUCAUGUACUCUAUUCAGUCCCAGCAUUCUCAUCUGGUCAUCCAGCAGCUCCUGGGCCAUUUGGAUGCCAACAGUAAGAGCUCGGCCACAGUGCGUGCUGGGAUAGUGGAGGUCCUUCUGGAGGCAGCUGCCAUCGCUGCCAGUGGCUCUGUUGGCCCCACUGUGUUGGAGGUGUUCAACACACUGCUCCGACAUCUGAGGCUCAGUGUGGACUAUGAACUCACGGGAUCUUAUGACUGCACCAACAUCGGCACCAAAAUCAUCAAGGAGCAUGAGGAGAGACAGCUACAGGAAGCCGUCAUCAGGACUAUUGGCUCAUUUGCAAACACGUUACCCACAUACCAGCGCUCUGAGGUGAUGCUCUUUAUAAUGGGGAAGAUCCCCAUUCCAGGCAUGCAUCCCACGCUGCCCUCUACAGGCUCAGGGCCUGAGGUCAAUCGAAUGAUCCAAGUCAUGUUAUUGAAGUCCUUGAGACAGGUCACAUGUGGUUUCCAGACGACCAAUAUGCUGACAGCUCUGCCAAACUCCUUUCUGGACCCACUGCUGUCAUUUGCUCUGCUAGAAGAUGCAGAAAUUCGACUGUUGGUGCUGGAAAUUCUGGUCAGCCUUAUUGAUCGCCAUGAUAACCUCCCCAAGUUUUCCACCAUCAGUAUCAUCUCUGAUAUCUCUGUGCUUAAACUCAAAGUGGACAAAUGCUCACGCCAAGACAACCUCUUCAUGAAGAAGCAUGCACAGCACCUGUAUAGACACAUCUACCUGUGCAGUAAGGAACAGAGCAGCGUGCAGCCUCACUUUGAGAAGCUCUACUCACUCCUGGCCCUCAUCAGCAUGGAGCUGGCCAAUGAAGAAGUGGUGGUGGACCUGAUCCGUGUGGCGCUCGCUCUGCAGGACUUGGCUCUGAGCUGUGAGGAGAUGUUACCGCUGUAUAACCGCUGUGCUGUUCAUGCUCUGUCCUCUGCUUACCUCAAUCUCAUCAGUCAGCUCACCACAGUGCCAGCGUUCUGCCAGCACGUUCAUGAGGUGAUUGAAAUGAGACAAAAAGAAAGUCCUUACCUGUUACCUGAGGAUGUCUUCAUUGAAACCCCAAAGAUUCCUAAGACACUGGAAAAUCUGGAAGGAGAGCUGUUGUUUCAACAGGCCAAGAUCACCGAGGUUCUCGGAGGCAGCGGCUAUAACACUGAGCGACUAGCUACACCUUAUGUCCCACAGUUCACAGAUGAGGACCGGCUGUCAAAAAGAAAGAGCAUUGGAGAAACGAUAUCUCUGCAGGUGGAGGUAGAGUCCAGAAACAGUCCCGAGAAAGAAGAGAGAACACCAGCUGAAGAAAUCACAUUUGAAACACUAAAAAACGCCAUUGUGGAUAGUGUAGGCAUGGAGGAACAGGAGAAGGAACGCAGGAGACAGGUGGUUGAGAAGUUCCAGAAGGCCCCCUUUGAGGAAAUAGCUGCCCACUGUGGUGCCAGAGCUACAAUGCUGCAGAGCAAACUUAAUCAAAUCUUUGAAAUCACGAUCAGGCCUCCUCCCAGUCCAUCUGGAACCAUCACAUCAAGUUACGGCCAAACCCAGAGUCGCUCUGUCCCCGUUUAUGAGAUGAAGUUCCCGGACUUGUGCGUUUACUAGUGCAGCUCAACUCAGGAUUCAGAAACCUUCAGUAGCAGCCAGAGGUGCAGAGAGCUGGAGGGUUUUAGAUAUUAAAUUAUAUUUUGAUGUUUUUUAAUAGAGGAAAAAUAAGAGGUCAGCCCUAUCUUAUAACCCUCACCGCUGUAUCGUCCCAUGAUCCACUGUCUACACUGUGACUGUAGACACUUCACCCAUUAAACUACUGGAAGGGUUUUGAACAUUUGGAUUCCUGAGUUGAGAGUUUCCCCUGUUUGCAAAUAUUUCCACAUAAUCUUUGAUACUCUGCGCUUCUAUGAUAAAAUCAGCGAACAUAAAUCUGUAUUUGCAGCAAAAACCUAACUCAAAAGGAGCGCAAAAAACAUUUUUAACAAGAGCAUACCUGGGUAUUUAUAUAUAUUUCACCCUUAAAAUCAAAAGAAAGAAAAAAGUUGUAUUUUGUAUAAAGAAAACUUUAGGAACUUUAGUACAAUACAGAUUUUUUUUUUUACAUUGUGACAUUAUUUUCAUGACAAUCAAGCACAUUUAAUGUGAAAAUAAAAAAUAUUUAAAUUGUAAAUAUUUUUAUACAUUAGGACUUGUUAUUAUGUCUUUAAUUAUGCUUAUUGCAAUGCAGGUUUAAUUUAAAAAGCAUUGCAUUAUAGUUAUUGUUUAUUGUAAUAUAGUAUAAUAAUAUAAUAAAAAUCAAUUUACAUUCAGUACAAUAGAAAAUACAAUAUUGAGCCUUUUGGAGGUCAAUGGAGUUUAAUUGUCAUAAAAAUAAUGUCAUAAUGUCUUGUGUUAAAUGUAUGGAAUAUAGUCAUAUUAUGGUCAUAUAUUAAUAUAUAUAUAUAUAUAUAUAUUUUUUUUUUUUUUGUGUGUGUGUGACCAUAUGUCUGUUAGAUUCACCUUUUUUCUUUUUAAAGUGAAGUGUCAUUGUUCCAUAUUGAGAAAAAGGGGAAACAGUCAUUUCAUGAUACAUUUUGACAAGUCAAACACAACAAACCUUUCUACUUAGAGAUUAAGUGCAAUCAGUAUAAAUGAGGCUCAUUUGUUGCUCUCAGAGGAUUUUUACUUGGUGCUAAUUUCUGUUUCUAGUAGUUUGAGUAUUUAGUAAAUUGAUUUUUUAUUGUUUAAGCAUUGGUAGUUUAUCGCUGUGAUCUGCAGUCUGCAGAUAUCUGGCGUUCAGAUCACUGGAAGUGAUGUCUGUCUUCUGUUUGUGUUUACAUGCACAGUUGUUUGUAAGUGGCAUUAAGGUGCUGAAGGAUCUUUUUAAUUAGCACUUUAUUUAUCUAACCAUACUCAUUUGUUUAGCAUCUCUAACCUGCUACGUUGUGGUUAUUUUUAAGUGCUUCCACACAGUCUUGUGGCAUCAGACAAUUUUUUGAUUAUUUUUUUGUAAGCUCAAGCAUAAUUUUUAUUGUGUAUAUAAAUACAUGUAAAUAAUUGUUUAUUCAUUUCAGAUUGCUCUGGUCAUAGUCUGAAUGAGAGCGUGUAUGUGUGUGUAUUUCCCCAGAAAGAACUAGCAUGAUGUCUCCAGUUAAAAAGAGUUUGUGAAACUCAUAAUGGCAGAUCUGUUUUUGUGAUUGACUGCUAGCUUCAGGGUUCAGAGACAAAUGAAGAAAACAUGACAACAUUGCCACACAUUUCACACUCCUGGACAAACUUAUUUUUGAAGUCCCAGCUAUGUUGUUUGAAUCACAUGAUGCUCUGCAAAUAUUCUAGAUCAUAGUGAGAGAUGACUACUAUUUCUGUGCUGAUCUGUAUUUUUAAGUACAGUAGAAUAUUUAAAGGAUAAUAUACAGCCAGGGUUUGUUUUGCAAUUUUGACCUUCUGGCUGUACAGUAUCCUGCUUAGUACACGGCUGCUUACCAAAUAAAUAAAUAUAUGGACAUAACACUUUCAUUUUAUGUUGUUUAUGUAGAA